AUUAAACGUAAGCAUAAAGCUGUUAAUUCCUUAAAGAAUUGGCUGGUGUUUUAUUUUCACAGCUUUAGUUUAACUGGCUUGAUACGAUACCGUAAUUCCGAAUUUAAGACUUGAUCAUAUCAGAUUCUGCACCAUAUAGUGUCUUACAACUUAUUUCAGGAGUGAGAAGGAAUUCAACAAUGAUGCUCAACAAUCGUAUGUCAACGUUCUUACGACUGGCUGUGCAGGAGCAGCAAUGGCAACAGCAGAGGGGAAUGGCCACUCUAAAGGCAAUUUCUAUACGUUUGAAAUCUGUAAAAAAUAUUCAAAAGAUUACCCAAUCUAUGAAGAUGGUGUCAGCAGCUAAAUACAAUCGUGCAGAACGUGAUUUAAAACAAGCUCGUCCUCUUGGCGUCGGUACAAAAGUGUUCUACGAGCAGGCUGAGAUUCAAGCAUCACCAGAGGAACCGAAAAAGCUUAUUAUUGCUGUGACCAGCGAUCGCGGUCUCUGUGGCGCUGUGCACACUGGUGUAUCUCGUAACAUUCGUGAUCGGUUACUAGCCGAUUCUAAGGAACGCGAGGACACGAAAAUCAUAUGCAUUGGCGAGAAGUCUCGUGCUAUUCUUCAACGGCAGUUCGCGAACAACAUACUUUUCGUCGCGUCCGAGGUCGGUCGCAAGCCACCCACAUUUAACGAUGCUGCCAAGAUAGCUAUACAGAUACUGAAUAGUGGUUAUUCCUUUGGCUCUGGACGUAUAGUGUACAACAGAUUCAAGUCCGUGGUAUCAUACGCAGUUGAUGAUCUACCGUUGUUUGAUAAGAACGCAGUGGUUAUUGCGCCGAAGUUGUCGGUGUAUGAUUCGCUCGAUGAUGAGGUAAUACAGAGCUAUCUUGAGUUUUCUCUUGCCUCGCUGUUGUUUUACUCGAUGAAGGAAGGUGCUUGCAGCGAGCAGUCCAGUCGUAUGACGGCUAUGGAUAACGCCAGCAAAAAUGCUGGAGAGAUGAUCGACAAACUCACUCUCACUUUUAACCGCACUCGGCAGGCUGUGAUCACCAGGGAACUGAUCGAAAUUAUUUCUGGUGCCGCUGCUCUGGAUUAAAAAUGUUCCGGAGAAAAAAUUUAGUUUAUCAAUUUAUAGUGCCGGCAUAUAGGAAGUGGAUAUGUUACUGAAAGAGAAAGAAUAACUGGAAGACAAACCUAUUAAAUCUGGAGUAACUGUUAA